AUGAAAUGCACUUUUGAGUGGAUGGUUACUGAGAACGACGGCAGCUCUGCUUUGGUGAAGAGGGCAUCCGCUGAGCUGUCAUUCCCGACUGAUGUCGACAACGCUGCGCGCAGUGAUAUUACAGAAAAUACUUCAGACUACGCCGUGUCUGGACGCCGCGCAGUGAAACGCAAUACUCCUGACGGCGACAGUCCAGUCAUCGCUGCCCCAGAAAGCACCCAUACAGACGAUAGCGAGCUACAGAAUAGCAUUAGAGAUAUCGAUAUCUCAGAAGCCAAGGACUCAAAUAGCAGCGCGCCAGAAAAUAUCUCAUCAGAGAGGGAUCUUCCAGACGAUAAUACUCCAGACAUCACCGCUCCAGGCAUUGGCGAUCUAGAAAGCAGCGGUCCGGAGAAUAUUUCGACACAAAAAAGCACUGCAGACAUCGACAUCACAGAGAUCAGCGACUCGAGGAACAGCGUGCCGGACAAGAACAUACCAGGGAACGAUACUUCCAGUAAUAGCACCCACAUCGUUCACGAUACCACCAUUGAAGUUGUUGUACAGGAGCCCAGCUUAUGUCCUACAAUGGCAACCUUUGAGGCGCCUUACGAUUCACCAACCCCUUCCUCAACGUCAACCAGAAGCUCAAGCUCAAAGUCCAGCUCAGCAGCAAGCAACGUCUCCACCAACUCAAUUCCUCCACCACCACUUCCACCCCAAAACCUAACAACCCCCUCCAACUCAGCACCAUCAUCCAUCUCUUCCUCGUCCGACUCAGAAGAUCCCCAAGACCCAACCUCAGAACCAAUCCUCAAGCCAGUCGAAAACCCAACAGAGGAAGGCAUGCUCGAAACAGCCCCCGCAAUAACAGAAGCAGACCUGAUUUCCUCCCUCCACCUAAUCGCCGACUCAAUCGCCCAACAGCGUCAGAUGGCCUCAAAAUCCAUCAUCCACAGUGGCUUCUACUGGUCCAUCCUCGUUAUCAUCUUCGAAUACCUCUACCGUAUCCUCUGGCAUACACCCGCAGACUGGAUAAUGAUCCUACUUCUCUGGGUCUGCUCCGUAAUCGCCACGUUGAGCGGGAUAAAGAUAUGGACAAGUGGAUACCUCGAUGAAGCGGAGCGUGUGGGGCGGUGGUCUUGGCUUUUUGGGGGUAAAUGGGCUUCUAAUUUCGAUGGGGAACGUGAGGAUGAUGCUUUUGCGCCGCUGAGAUGGACUUUGUGUCAAGGAGUUUGGUUUCGAGUUUCUGGUGGUCACGUUGAGAAGGCUUUGGCUUGGUGUGCGAUGAAAAGGAAUAUGAAGAAGAAGGAGGUUCUGAGACAGAGGUCUCUUGGUGGUGUUUGUGAUGUGGGGAAGGCGUGGGAGGAAUACAGUGCUGGUACUAGUGCUAACGAUGAUGCUAGUGCUGGGCUUGAGAUCGAUGUGCGGAAGGAAAGUCUGAAGGAGGGGUGGAUGCAGGAUAAAGUGUUUGUGUCACGGUUCAACGGGCGUGUUAUUGCUACACUGGUCAUCCGUACUGUGCCCGUUGAUACAGAUUCAGUGGUUACUGUUCCCCGGAAUGAGUACGAUUCCGACUCCGAGGUUGAUUCGGAUGGAUACUGUCAUCUUUCGCAUUUGAAGCCUACCUCGCAGCCGGAGAAGGUGGUCAUUCGAGCUUGGACUGUAAUGCAGAAAUAUCGUGGUUUUGGCGUUGGACUGGGGAUCUUGCAAUUUGCGAUUGAGUAUGCCCUGGAACUUGGCUUGCAGGGUCCGGAGUUUGCUGUUGAUCAUACGAACUCCUUGCGGGCUUUGCCGAAGUUGUUUAAUGGGAAUAUGGACCGGGAUGACAAGCGAGCGAGGGAUCGACUUGCUAAGGAAAUUCGGAAGUGCGUUACUGGGAAGCAGGGGAACGAGAAAAAGGUUUAG